AGGAGCGUCGCGCAGAUAGAAAAACAGAGAAGCACGUCUCUCCUCUUGACGAUCUCAAAAAAUCUGCUGCUAGGGGGGCCCUCUUGUCCGAUGCGAUUCUGAGCUCGGGGGAUCGGUUUCGGAGGUUUCAUUUCAAGAAUCUUGAUUUACAGGGAGAGUUGAAAAAAUGGACCACGAGGACACUGGAUGUCAAGCUGCCCCUGAAGGUCCUAUAUUGUGUGUAAACAAUUGUGGGUUCUUUGGAAGUGCAGCUACUAUGAAUAUGUGUUCCAAGUGCCAUAAGGAUUUGAUGAUGAAACAGGAGCAGGCUAAGCUUGCUGCAUCAUCAAUUGGAAGUAUUGUCAAUGGAACCUCAAGCAGCCACGGGAAGGAACCUGUUGCUGCUAAUCCAGUGGACCCAAAAACUAUCUCUUUGAACUCGACCAUUACAUUUAGGUCAGAGUACGACUCUCCUUCCCCCUUUACUUUUGGGUCAUCGGAGACUGCUGUGGCAAAGCCUGGCCCAGAAUCAUUUACUUUUGGGUCUGGGCAAAAUGGUGAGCCGAAGCCAGAGGGCCCAAAGCGCUGCACUACCUGCAACAAGCGGGUGGGUUUAACAGGAUUCAAUUGUCGCUGUGGUGACCUUUUCUGUGCAGUACAUCGUUAUUCAGACAAACAUGACUGCCCCUAUGAUUAUCGUACUGCUGGUCGUGAUGCCAUUGCUAAAGCCAAUCCUGUUGUCAAAGCUGAGAAGCUUGAUAAAAUAUAAAAUUGAUCUAGUGGAAAAGUUUCAUUCUGAAAUUGAUGCUUGUUUUCAUCCAGGAGAUGGCUUCGCAGUCUGCUGCGAUACCUUAUCAUGUGCUCUUGUUAUGUUAUAUCUAUUGGGAGGCAUGGCAGUUAGGACUUUGAAGAACUCUGUAUUUGUUAUGAUUGGGAGAACUUAAUGUGUUGCUCCAGUGUUUCAAGUUGUAGUCUAUGUUGGUUUGGUGGUCAUGGUUAAUGGGUCAUAAUGUAUGUGUCUGUGAUGUUAAUAUGGCAUUUCUUUCUUUCUUCUUGUAUUUACUUUACGGUUGCAAUUCCGAGAUGUGGACAACAAUGGCUGGUAUUGUAUAUUAUCUGUUUUCAUCAUAUUCUAUAUUCUUAGGAGCUCUCA